AUGCAGUUUGCGAUUUUGACGUACUGGCCCUUUGAGAAACAGCCUGAGAGAGUCAGUUAUCUUCAGGACCUCCUGGAGGCUGCUUUCAGCAAAGAUGUCGACUCCGAGAUCGUACGAAACAACGCGUACCUCGGAGUUCUACUCCACAAGUACGCUUGCAACUCAGCAGUUCUACGGCGGCCGACAAAGACUGGCCUCGAAGCAUUGGCUCCAGAACUCUUCCCCUCGGCGCGCCUCUCAGCUCGGGAGGCAAUCGGCACCGCUGGCUACGAGCAGAAGCUGCAGCGGCUGAUCACGGAAGGGCGAUUUAUCCACCCACUGGACGGUGACCGGCCAAGCUUUGCAGACCUCGCCCACGCUCUGGCCUGGACCCCGGGGCUUUUGGGGAUUCUUUGUAGGUGCUGUGGCCUGGUGCCGGAGCAGCCGGUGAGGGCCGGACAGGCGGAGGAGCUCGCGGCGGCGAUCGGCAAAGCUCGCAGGCACAUUGUCGUGGUGCUCUGCGAUGGAAUGGGUGUGAGCACACUGCAUCAACAUCUGGCUCCUGAUAGCUUUCUCCGACGAAACAACACCCGCCAGCUUAGAGCCGUCUUCCCAGCGACGACGCCAGCGGCACUCACAACUCUUGCCACGGCUGCCUGGCCUGGUCAACAUGGCCUUCCAGGGUGGGAGCUGCGAGAUCAGAAGGGCUGUGAGUUCCCGGGGGCAGCUGGCGUCGGGCCGAUCCAGCUGACCAUUUUGGAUGCGGUAGUGCGUGACAUGCGAACGAGGAAGCCGGUGUCAGACCUUGGUUUCGAUGCCUCUGACAUCUACAUCCGCAAACCCUGGGUAUCACAAGGAGAGUCUUCAAGGCGAAUGAAGUUUGUGAAUGCCUACAAUGGAACAGAAUUUACCAACUGGUACCAGGAUAAGCAUUGCUCGAGUGUCAUGAACAUCCCAGAGACUGCGCUGGAAACGCUGGGCCAGCCAGAGGGGUCACAAAAGGCAGUUGAGUUUUUCAACGCCGGUGUCGAUGCGGUCAUCAGUAGUGUUACAGAAUCUGAGGAAGAGGGAUGGCAGUCUUAUGUUUAUCUUUACACCGCCCACCCUGACAAGCACAUGCACCAGCUUGGGGUGGAGCAUCCGGAAGUCACUGCAGUGAUGACAGGCAUCGACAAAAGCUUAUCACGACUCUGGGAGCAUCUGAGAAAGCUGGAUGCGACGCUCAUAGUCACUGCCGACCAUGGACAUGUUACUGUGAAGCCAGAGGAGAUGGUUGUGCUGCCAGAUGACCUACUUAAUUGUCUUGAAUAUGCUAACGUGGGUGUGCACGGAAAGGGGCGGCAUGCUUACUUCCACUGCCGGAGCGGUCGCUUGCAAGAGUUCCAGAGGCUCUGGGACACAUAUGAAACGUUGCGCGAGAACUUUCUUCUGCUGCCUGUGGAUGUAGCGGCAGAGCUUGGCCUGUUUGGCCCCGACCCUCCCCUGCCAGAAGCACAGAUCAUCAGCAUCACUGUGGACAGCGAAAGCCCUCGAGGCUGCAGGGAUCCUCCUCCGGAGAUCUUCCGCAGCGUGGCCGAGAUGCAGCUGCGGAUCCUUGGUUCCGAGGAGCCAGAUGCAGAAUCGAGCUGCACUUUGCUGCUGCCGCGCGAGGCUCCCUGCGGCUUUCUGCGCUUUCUCAUCUGCAAGAAGUUUGGACAAGACGAGGCUGCCCUAUGGAUGGGAUGGUGCCAGGAGGACUUGGAGAAAUUGCACCAGGAGGCCGUCACAGCACUCAUGCCGAGCGAGAGCCACGUCGUGCUCGGCAAAUUGCGGAGCGACUUCGGAGCCUGGCAGAGGCGUGGUCUUCUAAUCAUGGCUUCUGAAUUCUACAUCUGCCCUGCUUUCAUCAUCAAGAAGAGGGGUGUCGAGACCAUGAUGCAUAUGUGGCGUCCAGGAAACAAAGCCGGGCGGGCCACAGGAGGAUGGAAGUGGCUGGACACUGACAAGACUGGGUUCGAGCUCUUGUGGAAGAGAGACCUUCUCAGCGAUCAGUCGGUCGCCCUUCGGAUACCCGACACCAUCGUCUUCAAGUUCAACUACCCGUCAGUUUGGUACUUCACGUCCUUGGAUGGCACGCUGAAGCGCAAGCACAAGUCGAAGCUGAACGAUGAGUAUAUCUUUCAGCAAUUCUUGAAGCGACCUCCAGCGUGUGGCAUCGUUGCCUACUAUGUCCGGACUGUCGUCGAUGCAGAGGAUGCUCAUAAAGGCUUGGCUGAGAAUGUCCCGGCUCCGACUACCAUUGAGUACUUGAACGAGGCUCAGCUGCAUGACUUCUUGUUCAACAGGCAGCGGGAGAAGGGCAGCGGCUUGCUGCAGAAGUUCCUGGAGCCCUUCGGUGAUCGGAACAACAUGAUCCGCGCCCUCUGGUCGCCCAAAGUCUGCCUCCUCGAGCGGCGCCUGAACUGUCUCAACCUAAACGACACCCGCUACGACAUGUACGAGCGGGCCGUGACAUUCGAGGGACCCGACUUCCACUCCGAGGUCACCCCUGUCAGGGGCUCGACCCUCGCGAACAAGGUUCUUCACAUUGCAGAGACAAUUGUGCAGCAUGUCAAAGGGGCCACGAACGACCGCGUGGACAUCACCCGCUUGGCCCUGAAUUUCAAGGUGGAUCACAAGGACCACCUGUAUUUUCUCUUCGCCUCUUCUGUGCGCCUCUCCGCCCCUACUGGGGCGCUGCCGCUGGAGGUAAAUACCAAAUUGCAAGUCCCCGAGAACAUACACCGAGCUCAGAGCGUGUCUCGUGUUGCACCGGCAAUCUUGCUGCGAAGCUGCAGUUGCCCCACUUGCCAGGAGAAGGUGCAUGAGGAGAUGCUUUUCGACGUCUCCUACAAAGUCAUAAUGGAGUAUGAAGAGCAGCGGCUCAGUGCCGCUAAGACGCUCCUGCCGGAGGCAGAGAGCAGCCCGAGACCACAGGAGGUGCCAGAGGCACUGCAGAGACUGCAUCCUCGCCUGCAAGCGGCAGAGUAUGCUACCUUGAAAAAUGAAUUGGCAUUCCAGGAGAAGUCUGCUGCAGUUUGUGAAAACUGCUAUCUGCGCUUCUCCACGGCACAGCUAGGCCCAGUCCAGCGACUUGCUGCGCCCGAGCUGCGAACAGCAAUGGAAGAGGCCUUGGGUGACGCCGAGGCCGCCCUCGUGGGUACAGGAGCCUUGGAUCCUGAACGCUUGGCUCUGCGGCGCGAGGUGACGCGCAGGAAGAUCCUGGAUCGCAGAGCUCUGGAGGACGCCCUCUUCGAUGCCGCAGAAGUCCGUGUGCCCUUGCGAAAGGCAUCCAGUUGCCCAAGGCUUCCGAGCUGGGGUCCGGAUCAGCAGGGCUAUCCCCUCUGGGCUCCGACGCCGGUACUCCGACGGCCACCGCCGCCAAAGGGGGCACCGCCGAAUGCCACGCGCCUCAGGGAGGCAGUGACAGAGGCACCCUUGCGGGAAAAGUCGAGAAGCAAGGCGCAGUGGAGAAGUUGGAUUCAGCCUUUCUUUGCAGUUGUUGUUUGCAGCUGGGGUAAGCUGCUGAAUCAUGAUGCAACUUCUCCCCUGUUCAAGCGAUGGUAUCGCAUCGGGAAGUCAGGACCUGGUAAGAACUGGGCAGUUUGA